AUGCGACCUUCUCAAGAUAUUCUUAUGGUGAAUGCCGAAUCAUUAAUCGCAUUACAUCAAUAUGGCGGAUCACUAAAUCUUGAAGGACUGGCUCAUAUUGCUUUGCAUAAGGCUACACUGUGGGCAACCGGGCUCUGGGGCAUUAAGGUGGGACGAGGUCAUCCAGACGUGCAGAGAAGGAUUGAUUUGCUGAACUUCAUUAAGGCCCAAUGUUCUACCCUCAAGAGUUUGAGUAUUGUACUAUACAAUGAAACGACUUAUGAAGAUCCCACUACCAACAGUCGACUUCUUGACCUCAAUAACGAUCUGUUGAAGUUAGACCUCAGGGAUAGAAGUGGAGAACAAGUCCCGCGUAGGAAGGUGUCUCCCCAUUAUGAAGAACAGUGA